AUGGAAGCAGUUGUCUCUAACAUUACUGAAGGGAUCGUUGGGAGAUUGGGCUUUGAAGCUGUGCGAGAAAUUGCAUUGUUUUGGGGUGUAAAUGAAGAGCUUAUAGGACUUGAAGAGACCAUUUUAACAAUCAAAGCUGUACUUGCUAAUGCAGAGAAGAAGCAGAUCCAUAGCGAUCAAGUCAAAACAUGGCUUAGUAGACUUGAAGAUGUUGUCUGUGAAGCUGAUGACUUGGUGGAUGGGAUUUCAACUGAAGCUUUGCGAUGCCAAGUGAUGACCAGUAACACCCACAUAGCCAAGCAGGUAUGCACCUUUUUCUCGACCUCGAAUCAACUUGUGUUUCGACACAAGAUGAGUCACAAAAUAGAGUCUCUUCAGAAGAAACUAGCUGUGAUUAGAGAUGAUAGGCAAUUCCAUUUGGAGGAACACCACGGAGAGGCUCAAGCAAUGUAUAAUAGAGUGGUGAGGGAUACUCACUCGUUUGUCUCUGAAGGAGAAGUGGUUAUUGGGAGGGAGGGUGAUAGAAUGAAAAUCCUUCAACUUUUGUUGGAUACGAAAUCUGACAAUGAGAAUGUAUCAGUUGUUAAUAUAGUGGGUCAUGGUGGACUAGGAAAGACCACACUUGCUCGACUUGUGUUCAAUGAUGAAAAAGUCGAAAAAGAUUUUGAUCUCAAAAUGUGGGUGUGUGUCUCUGAUGCAGAUUUUGAUGUUGGAUUGCUUGUUCAGAAAAUUAUUAAAUCUAUAUCUAAUAAUCAGAAAGUUGAAAAUUGUGAGAUGGAGUUAUUGCAAAAGUCUCUUCGAGAAAAAAUAAAUGGAAAACGAUAUCUCCUUGUUCUUGAUGAUUUAUCGAAUGAGAAACGCAAAUUAUGGUUGAAGUUGAAAGAUUUAUUGUCAAAUGGCUUAGAUGGGAGUAGAGUAAUUGUAACUACUCGCAGUAUGGUGGUUGCAAGGAUUGCAAAGACCACAUUAGAACCAUAUCUCUUAGGAAAUCUUGAUGAUGAUGAGUCUUGGUCUUUGUUUAAGAAAAUGGCAUUUGUGGAAGGACAAGAACCAAACAACUCCAGCAUCGUCCAAAUUGGAAAGGAGAUUGUCAAAAAAUGCAAAGGAAUUCCUCUUGCCAUAAGAACCAUUGGAAGGAUGCUGUACUCUAAAGAUCGACAAACCGAGUGGUUGUCCUUCCACAAAACAGAAUUUUCGAAGAUAUCUCAAGAUGAUGGUGAUAUUUUACCCACAUUAAAGCUUAGCUAUGAUUGUCUCACCUCCAAUUUGAAACAUUGUUUUUCCUAUUGUAGCUUGUUUCCUAAAGAUCAUUAUAUUAAUGUAGAAAACCUUAUCAAGCUUUGGAUGGCUCAAGGAUUUAUUAAGGCAUCUGAUGCAAAUCAAUCACUAGAGGAUAUGGGCCGUGAAUAUUUUAUGGAAUUAUAUUGGAGAUCAUUUUUUCAAGAAGUGGAAGAAGAUGAGUUUGGUAAUAUAGAUUAUUGUAAGAUGCACGAUCUCAUGCAUGAUCUUGCAGUAAAAAUUCCAAUUUCUCUGUCUCAAACAGCAAAUAGUAUCCGAACAGUUCUUUUGCCUAGCCGACAAAGGGAAGGUUAUGCAUUAAGAGAAAGUUUGCAGUUAUGUGAUGCAACUUUUUCAAAUUUCAAGCUCUUACAUGCUUUGGAUCUGCAUGACUCUGGAUUAACGACAUUAUCAAAUUCCAUUGGAAAGUUGAGGCAUCUAAGAUAUCUCGAUCUUUCUAGUACAAAAAUCAAGGCAUUGCCUAAUUCCAUUACCAAGUUACAGAACUUGGAGACUCUGAAGCUGUCUGGGUUGGGUGAAUUCAAAGAAUUUCCAAGAGAUAUGAAAAAAUUAAUAAGCCUCAGGCACCUUGAGUUUGUUGGGAUGAGGGAUUUGAGACAUAUGCUAAGUGGACUGGGACAGUUGACUAAUCUUCAAACCUUAUCAUAUUUUGUGUUAAGUAAAGGGACAAACUUAAGGCAUGGUUGUGGUGAUCAUGUUGCUGAGCUAAAGGAACUAAUGCCUUUAAAUAGCUUAAGAGAUCUCUGCAUUUUAAAUCUGAGACACGGAAUAACAGAUGGUACGGCAACAAAUUUGAAGGAAAAACAGUAUCUUCAUUCCUUAGAGUUAGAUUGGUCUUCAUCAAAUGAUAGAAAAUAUCUUGAAGUCACUAUGGGAAGUACUAGCAGUGACGAGUAUGAAAUAACAUUGGAGAGCUUCCAGCCAGUCCUAAAUAUGAAAAGCUUGCAGUUAAAAGGUUACGGGGGUGUGAGGUUGUCACGUUGGGUUUUCUCUCUUAAAAAGCUUGUAAGGUUUUCUUUGUCAAACUAUAUCAAAUGCCAAACUCUGCCACCAUUGGAUCAGUUCCCUUCUCUCAAUAAACUUGAUUUGUAUAACAUGCCUCUUAUAGAAUAUAUUUCAGAUGACUUCUUCACUCCAUCAAAAGCGGCAUCAUUGAUGCCAUCCUUGGAAGUUCUGUAUCUUGGAGAUUUGUCUAAUCUUAAAGGAUGGUGGAGAGAUACUGUGACAAAUGGUACUUCUGAAAGUACAACAAUGCCAUCAUCAUCCAUGUUCCUUUAUUUUCCUCGUCUUUCUGGUUCACGAAUUGAGGGUUGCCCCAAACUGAAGUUCUUGCCCUUCUCCCCAUCUAUCACACGCCUAACACUGGAAAGUUCAACUUGGAUGCCAUUCCAUCGAACAAUGAUGAGCAUUACAACAGAAGAAACGUCAUCAUCAUCAUCAUCAUCAUCAUUGACUCCUUCUUCAUCUACACAACUUAUCGCUUCCUCUUUCUCUCAUUUGGUGUCCACUUUGAAAUAUCUGUGGCUAUGUCAUAUCGAUGAUGAUCUACACUUUCUUCCCAAUUGGUUCAAAAGCCUUACAUCUCUAGGGAGCCUGGGCUUUGAUGGGUGCUCAAAGUUAAAGCAUCUGUCCCCCAUUAUUCAACAUCUAGUCUCACUUCGAGAGUUGUAUAUUAUUCGAUGCAAUGAGCUUGACAUGUCCAAUGCUAAAGUGAUUUCAUGGAAAGCCUGUAAAAGCCUAGUGUCUCUCUCAUUCAUCAGUCUUCCAUGA